CACCGGGAAAGAAGGCAACACAGAGUGAGGACAGCAAGAUAUCAUCAUCCAUGGAUAAGGAGUCAGUUUUCCCCUUUCUCUCUCCGCCAGUGCUGCAACUCUGUCACCAACCAUCUAUAUUCAUUCUUGCUCACCUAGAGCCGAAAGCGUGGUUCAAACAGAUCCUUCCUCAUUUUCUUGUACAGUUCAAGACUUGGCCCGAUCUCAAUCCUAUAGUAUGAUGCUUCCUUUCAACUGAUCUUCAGUGAUUUGGUUGCCUUGGGUUAUCAAAACGAGAAGGAAAGGAAGUAACCUAACACCACGUCAUACUUUCUAAAAGAUCACUCGCACCUAAUCGCUAAAAUGAGCAGCGAGGACCAGAGCAAGACGGUGACGCCGUCGUUGAAUACGCACGAUGGCAACAAUGAUAGCGAAGACAGGCCAUCUGAAGCAGCUCAAGGCUCGGAUCCCUCCACUCUCGAAGCGCAAAGGACUACAACUUCCCAAUCCAGUAUCCAUACAGCUCAUACAGCCUUUAGCAAGCAUGAGAAGCGGUUCAUUGUUGUCAUGGUGACCUUGGCUUCCUUCUUUUCUCCAUUGUCCGGCCAGAUUUACUUCCCCGUCAUGCCGACUCUGGUGCGUAACUACCACCUGACGACGGCUCUCAUCAACCUUACCAUUACCACGUACUUGAUCUUGCAAGGGCUCGCGCCGAGCUUUAUGGGGACCUUUGCCGAUACAGGGGGUCGUCGCCCGGCGUACAUUAUAGCCUUUGCUAUCUACACGGCAGCCAAUAUCGGCCUGUCGGUACAGAACAGCUAUGCAGCGCUGCUCGUACUCCGCUGCAUACAGAGCGCCGGGAGCAGCGGCACGGUAUCCUUCGGAUAUGGUGUUAUCGCGGACAUUGCAACUCCAGCCGAAAGAGGAACGUAUAUUGGCCCUAUGGCAGCUGGUGUCAUGGUAGCGCCUGCUGUGGGCCCCGUCAUUGGGGGUAUUCUGGCCAAAUUUCUUGGUUGGCGGAGCGUGUUCUGGUUUCUUGUGAUUAUUAGUGGAGGAUAUUUGGUUGUCUACAUCAUCGCGAUGCCCGAGACUGCUCGCAAGAUCGUGGGUAACGGCAGUGUCCCGCCAAGGGAAUGGUGGAGGAUGUCUGCCUUUCAAUGGUUUAUUGAACGGCGCUGGAUCAAAAAGAUGUCGCCAGAAGAACGCAAAGAUCAUGAAGAGCGACAGGCGAUCUUGGAGAAGGAACACCAGAAGACGAAGCUUUUCUUUCCCAAUCCGUUAAAGUCCUUUGUGAUUUUGCUUGAGAAGGACGCCCUAAUCAUAAUCUCUUAUGUCGGACUGGUCAUGUUUGCCAACAUUGCCUUGCUCACGAGUACGCCGAAUCUAUUCGGCAAGCUUUACAACUUCAACGACCUCCAAAUCGGUCUCUGCUUUCUGUAUGUCAUCGUUGUUAACAAUGAACCAAAAAAUAUCAUACCAAGCUAAUACUUUUUACCAGCCCCCUCGGUGUCAGUGCCAUCAUCGCAGCCGUCCUUAACGGUAAAGUAAUCGAUUACAACUACCGUCGAGUAGCUCGCAAGCUGGGAUUUCCCGUGGACCUUAAAAAAGGCGACGAUAUAAGCACAUUCCCCAUCGAAAAGACUCGUCUACAGACUGUCUUCCCUGUGAUGACACUAGGCGUUCUCGCUUUCAUCCCAUACGGUUGGGUCUUGCAACAACAUUCCCCGCUAGUAGCACCGCUCAUUUUACAAUUCAUCAUUGGUUUCUGUUUCGUCGCGUC